AUGCACUCUGUAUGCGCCGUGAGGUCCGAUAGUUAUGACCCCAAGCAUAGGACCAGCCUUGUUGCAUUAGCUCGCCAAUUACAUGAUAUAGCAACGAAUCAGAAACAUUUUGCUCGAGAUCCACUCUGCGUAGGAUUUACGGGGUCGGCACCUUACCGAAUAUAUUUGAUUCAACUCGAGAUACAUGUUCGUGCGGCUGGAGACAGUAAAACAGCAGAUGAGCUGCGAGAAAUUAUUAAUUCUCCAGAUCAAUUUUCCUCGCUUCAGAGGCUUCUUAGCGAGUGGCAGCGACGACAAAAAAGACCAGAUAAACUGGUACCUAAACGCCAUGCGUUCUUUUCUCACUUCAAGUCCUCCGAUGGUGUGCCUCUCAGUGAAAAGCAGGUGAAGCGCCUUGUGACGGCCACAAAACUUUGGGAACUAGAGGAUGAUUGUAUCAUGCAGCUCGAAAAAUGCGCUUUACUAUGGUCACACUUUCCUAAAUUAUUUUGGGACGGUGUAGGCGAGGAGAAUACCAUCAAACGCUGUGUCAAUGACCUAAUCCAGAUGGGAACGGUUAACAAGUCCAAGCGAAAAGUGAUCCUAAUAACUCUGUCCCAGAGCGUUGAAAAAGAGCAGGAACGGAUUCGCGUACAUAGCACAAAGAGAGUAAGAGACAAAAAGAAAAACAGAGACAGCUCCCGCAAGCGAGAAUCCCUCCUCCUCACACGCUCACUCAAUAGCUUGGCCUCGGAGCUUUGGCCUGGCGCCAAUGAUUCCCAGCAGAAGCAGUUGAGAAAGUGCUUCACCGUUUGUUCACGCUACGGUUGGAAAUGGUGUCAGUUGGAAAAUAUUGAAAUAACGCUGUCCCUAUAUCAGAUUGAUUCCAACAGUUAUGAGACUCGAGGUUGGGAAAAUAUUGAGUUUGAUGCGCUGAAUGCAUUUAUCAAGACAUUACCUCAGUUUCGCAUUAGACAGCGUCUAAAAGAAGCUUGGGGCUCUAUUACGGAUUACUACCGCGGAAAAGGGCAGCCAGUGCCGGCUUCUGAGGAAGGCACACAAACGCGAUAUACGCAGCAGCCCACUGUUAACCCAAAUGACACUACGUUUUCCUUCUGUCUUCCAUUAGUUGUCCCUCGGUGCCGAAAACGCGAUGAGGAAAUGUCACGCCCAAUGAAGAAGCACCGACCAAUAACUAGCCAACAGCCUCACGGCAGCAAGGCCAAUGUGCCGUAUUGUAACCCUGUCUCUGGAGCUUCGAUUGCCCAGCGAACUUUCGAUCUCCAAGCUCAGCCAAGUCUGAGCGGUCCCGAGAACCUACAGUCACCCCUAACUACUGGUUUCUCUGCGCAACCAAUACCCUCUGCUCAGUCACUAGUGGCCGCAACGGACUUUUUUGACAGCUCCUUUGAUCUCCAAGCUCAGCCAAGUCUGAGCGGUCCCGAGAACCUACAGUCACCCCUAACUACUGGUUUCUCUGCGCAAUCAAUACCUUCUGCUCAGUCACUAGUGGCCGCAACCGAUUUCUUCAACAAUUCCCUUGACUACCAAGGCCAGGCUAAUAUUAGUAGUCUACAGCAUCUGAUGGCAGCAGAAAACUCUCAAAAUUCAUAUGUACAGGCACCUCCCUCUGCGAUAGAUUUAGGUACAGCUUUUGGCCAUUUGUAA